AUGAGUAACAAGAGACCACUCAAGAGAGCACUGGAUCUAGAUGAUGAUGAUGAAGAAGAUAAGUUAUACAAGCUCAAGGUUCUUUUACCAAACAGCACAAGUGUGACACUCUCACUUACCAACCCACGACCUGAAAUGUCAAUCAAGUAUUUGGUUAAUCUAGUCAAAGAGGAGUAUGAGAAAACUCGUAAGAACUUUGUCUUGUCCGGAAAAAAGAGGAAAACUAUUGAUUGGAAUCAGGCUGCUGAAUCUUAUCUCGAACAUAAUGGUGAAAAGAUUAGAAGAACUGUUAAAUUCGAGAGUUUUAAGCCUGAUUCGAGCAAUAUAAUACGUCUUGAUGAUGGGUCUGAUGAAGCUUCCAUUAUGUAUGAGAAUAUGUGGGAUCUAACUCCUGAUACUGAUAUGCUUAAAGAACUGCCUGAAAAUUAUAGCUUUGAGACAGCUCUUGCGGAUCUAAUAGAUAAUUCUUUGCAAGCUGUGUGGUCUUGUUCCCCUGGAAACAGAAGACUGAUUAGUGUUGAUGUUCUUAAAGAUCGGAUUAUAGUCUUUGAUUCUGGUCCUGGAAUGGACAGUAGCAAGGAAAACUCUAUUGCUAAAUGGGGAAAAAUAGGAGCUUCAAUACAUAGGUCCUACAAAUCCAAAGCUAUUGGAGGCAACCCACCAUACCUUAUGCCAUUCUUUGGGAUGUUUGGAUAUGGAGGUGCAUAUGCUUGUAUGCAUUUGGGAAGGCGUACUUUGGUGUCUUCAAAGACGAAAGAGUCCAAGAAAGUAUUCACUUUGCAACUCAAUAAAGAAGCUUUGAUUGAUAAUCGUUCUACCUCAGGAAAAAACUGGAAGGUCGAUGGUGGGAUGAGGGAUCCUUUGGACGAGGAAAUGAAGUUAUCUCCUCAUGGAAGCUUCACAAAGGUUGAGAUCUUUGAAGCUAAAUGUAAGAUCCCAGAAAUAUAUCAACUUCAGUGCAGACUUAAGGAUAUUUAUUUUCCUUACAUCCAGUGUGAUGAAGUCUCUAAAACUGGGAGGACACUAAGGCCUGUCGAGUUUCAGGUCCAUGGAGAUGAUUUAACUGAGAUAGUGGGUGGAGAAGUUGCCACCACCAACCUAAACUCCAAGGGUGAAGAGUUUUGGUUUCAGAUUCGUUUCUGUGAAAAUAGAAAAGGAAAAUCACAAGAGGCAAACGCUCGUCUCAAGUUUUUUUAUUUUCCAAUAGUUCAUGGAAAAGAGAGCAUUGAUAUAAUUAUGGAAAGCUUAGAGAAGGAAGGAUACAAAGUUUCUGAAAGCUUUCAGACUUUUGGUCGUGUUUCAGUGAGAAGGCUUGGCCGUCUACUCCCAGAAGUCCCUUGGGCAUCAAUUCCUUUCAUGGAAAGAGGAGCCAGAGCCUGUACUCUACAAAAAUGUUGCCAAAGAGUGAAAUGUUUUGUUGGUAUGUCAAGUUAUAUAAAUGCUUCUUUUCAUAAUAUGCUUUAUGAUUUUAAGUUUGCAUUCAUGGUGGUUGUAGAUUUGGAUGCUGGUUUUGUCCCAACACCCUCAAAAACUGAUCUUGCAAGCCAAAACCUAUUCUCUGUGGCUCUGAAAAACUUUGGUAGUAAAUCAAAGGAGAAGGAUAACUCUACAGAUGUCAGUAUGGUGAUUCAUAAAGAAGGAAAAAGUUUGACUUAUGGGCAAGUGGAGCAGAGUUAUCAGGAUUGGGUUUUUAAGAUGCAUAAGUCAUAUGAUGAAGAAGAUGCAUUAGGUGAAGAUGAAGCAACCGUUAUAUUUGAUUCUUUGGAUAACAAAGCUCUUUGCAUUUCUCCUGAUUCUGUGAGGGUGCACAAGGUAAUGAAGCGAAAAGGAAAGUCAUGGGAACGUGGACAGAAGAUCAAGAUUAUGAAAGGAGCAUGUGCUGGAGUUCACAAGAACGAUGUCUAUGCAACUAUUGACUAUUUCCUUAUAGAGAACUUUGAGGAUGAAACAGGAGGUAAGCAAGUCAAUUUCUCUGAGGAAGAGGGAUGCUUGCUUUCUACCAUAAAAGGAAUCUCAAAACUAGAAAUUCGAAAAUCAUCAUCUUUCCCAAUCAGUAUUAUAGACUCUGAAAAGUGUGUACUUCUUGAUGAGAAUGAAUGGAACAGAAAACUUAACAGGCAAAAAGAAAAAGAUCCAUCAAGAAUCGAUUUGCUCAAUGAGAUAGACUGCAGAACAUUGAACCUUAAUGGGGAAACAACCAUUGGUGCAUCAGUAUUUGCUGGACAAACUCCACCACAACAGAUUGUUGCAGUUGUUAGACCUGCUAGCUUCACAUCUUCAAAGCUGUCUAAAAAGUUGGAUCAGAAACAUAUUGUGAAGAUGGAUAGUGAGAUGCUCAUGGAAGUUGAGUUACAAGGCAAAAAUAAUAAAUCAAGGGAGAAGAAUCCAAAACCUUUGUAUUCUGAUCGAUGUUUUCCUACAAACCGUGAAGGGUUUCAUGGUCUUUACAUCUUCCCACUUGAGUCCAAGUUCCCACACUUGUUCAAGAAAGCUGGGACUUACAUUUUCAGCUUCUCUGUUGUAAGUAAACCUAUAAACUUCUACAAUAUAUCAUAUAGUGUAAUCGGUGUACAUUUUUUCUUUCAGGGGAAUUCAAUUACUUGUAAAAAGAAGGUGAUUGUUAAACCAUCUUCUAAGGUGGGAAGUUGGAAACUUGUUGGUAAUCAGGAGACCAUUAAUGUUAGUGUGGGAUCGUGUCUUCCACCUUUAUCUAUCACUUGUUUGGAUGAGCAUGAGAAUCAGAUACCAUUCACUUCUGUUCCAAGUCUUCACGUUAAACUGAAAGCCAGCCCUGGAUUCGAAGUCCCGGUUUACAAGAUUGAGGCCAAGCUGAUAGACCAUGGAGUUCUCACACUCAAGAAUAUGCUCGUUAAGACUGAUGAGUUAGAUAGCAUCAGACCAGGUUAUAAAGCAACCUUAGAAAUAUGCUCAAAGGAUGAACCAUUUUCCGUCUCAGUUGCAUGUAAUGUUAAACCUGGGCCUCUGAAGCGUGUUGUCGAGAAGAAUCCAAAGGCUUUGGAAAAUUUACUCCCCGAUUCUACUGUUGAAAACUUCAUCUUGGAGAUGUUCGAUGGAUAUAAUAACCAUGUUGCAGAAGGUACCGAUGUUUCGCUUUGUCUGAAUGGCUUUUUCAUCCAAGACUCAGUGAGCUUAAACCUAAAGGUUGAUAAUGCUGGCUGCAUUGAUCUAUCUGGAAUUCUCAAAGUCACAGCAGGCUAUGGGAAGCCUGUAUCAUUAGCUAUUAUGUCUGGAAGUAAAGAGAUAUUCAAGAAAGAGUCUCUAGUUGAGAUAAGAGAGCUCAGGCUGUUAAAAGAGCUCCCAGAGUACUGUACUGCUGGUACAAAUCUUACAGACCUCAAGUUUAAAGUGACGGAUUCAUUUGGUAUUAUGGAUACUAGUAUCAACAAUGACGAUAAAUCCGAAUGUUUCCACACCUUGAGCAUUCAAUCUGAUUCAAAAAUUGAUGAGAGUGCAAUAAGAUAUGCCUUUGUUCAUGGCUCAUGCAAGAUCCCUUCUCUUGCCCUACCUGAUACAGAGGGUGUCUUCUCUUUCAAGGUUUUCCAUUCUAGGCAUCCUGAGCUUCAUAUGAGCUUAAAGAUUCAGCUAACUCCUGCUCAAACAUUUGAGAGAGAUGAGAUUGGUUUCUCUGAACCUAGUCCAAGGAUAUAUCUAACACCUCAAUCAAAGAUUGGUUGCUCUGAACCUAAUCCAAAGAUAUAUGGAACACCACAGUCAAAGAUGGGUUCAACAACAAAUCCAUGGGUGACUCCAACUCAACAGACUCAAUCUUCACAGUUUAGACUUUUGUCCAUUAGAGAAAUGUCAUCAGCUAUCAGUAGCCAAACUAGACCAGUUGAUAUGGAACAGAUCAGUGAGUACACUGAGAUACUAAAAGGGAAGCUCAAUAGUUACAGUGAAAUGAUAUCUGAAGCAAAUGAGCGUCUAAAAUGUUUGGAAGCUGAACAAGAAGAGGCUGUGCAAGAGUUGCGUAACAUGCAAGCUUCUCUGGAGCCUCACGGUGUGGUGUUCCCAGAGUGCCUAUCUACCAAAGAACAAAUGAUGAAACACAUAGAAGAGAAGCAUUACAACACUGCUGCAUCGGUUUUCUGUUCUUUGUACAGAAAAGCUCAGCCUCCAAAGUCUCUGCUUCUGUCGAAGGAAGGAGCGUUUGGCAUCGUAGCUCUUCUUGGUUCAGUUGCCUCAACCUCCCUUAGCAGGGUAUUGUCUGAGUAUUUGGGAGAAGACAUAAUGCUAGGUUUAGUAUGCAAAUCAACACGACUUAGAUCACAAAGUCAUCUCAUGCUUCAAUCUGAAGCAGAUAGGCUCAAAACAUCAAUUACCAGACGGUUUCAUGUUAAAUGUCUUGGUGCAACGAGUCGACCCUGGAUUGGUGGAUUUGUGGAGAAUGAUCCUCAGAGGAAACUAGCCAUGGAAGCUCCAAAGCUACCAGGUUUCCAAGGCUAUGCAGUGAACAUGAUUGACUUGUCUCAAGAGGAGCUAAACAUCAAAACAUAUGAGGGUCACGGGCUUAGGGAAACCCUGUUCUAUGGUCUCUUUGGGAAUCUACAGGUUUAUGAGACACAAACACAAGUUGAAGAGGCUCUUCCACAUAUCAGUGGUGGUAGUGCAGUAUCGUUAGAUGGAUUUAUAGCAAAAGAAGACGAGUUUAUAUAUCCAGGGAGCAGCAAACCGGAGAUUCAUUUCCCGAUAACAGUAAGGGAAAACGAGGAAGAGAAGUUGAGCAACUUAGAAGCAGCAAGAGACAGAGUGAGAAGGGUUGAAAAGAAGAUAGUGGAGGAGAGGUGUUUGUUGAGUAAGUUGGAGAAAAAGAUGAACAAGGCUAAUGAAAGAUAUGAGGGUGCAACAAAGCUUUCCCUGGAAACCUAAUCCUGAUCAACGUUAAGCAUUUUUCAAACAUUGGUUAUUGACCAACCUAUGGUUAUGAUAAUCGGUUUAGCUUUGUGUGUGUUUUUGUGUUGUGUUUAUUUGAUUGAUCUCUUUUGGGUUUAUGGUACUCGUUUGUUGCGAUUAAUGCAUAUAAUCCCCUCCGUC